AUGGUGGGCUUGACAACCGAUGGCGCUCCAGCUAUGCUUCAAAUGAGAGACAAAGAACUAGCAGAAAUGAUGUCUGAUAUAAAAGCGUUCAUCAUAAAGCUUGAGUUUUGGAAAAAAAUCUUAAUCGAAAGUGACACCAGGCAUUUUCCUGUUCUUUCAGAAAAGAUAUCUCAAAAUCCAUUAGAACCAUAUGACAGUAAAUAUCAUGUAGAAAUAGUCUCUAACUUGAAGGAUGACUUCAAAAAUCGUUUCAAGGAUUUCAACGAAAUUGCUAUUGUUUCACCCUUCAUGGAAAUUGAUACCCAAAAGUCUGCAAAUUCUAUUACGCAGAGUUUUAGCGAAGAUAGAAAUGAAUUUUGUAAAGCUAUGGACCAUCUCAAUACCCGAAACAGUCCCUCUGACAUUAGUGGUCUGCAGUGCGACCCGGAUGAACUUAGCAACUUCUUCAUUGAUGGCGUUCCUUCCAGUGGUAUCUCAUCUGGCGUUGAUGCAAGUCAAUAUGCAUCUGAUCGUAAGACCCUAAAUCCACCAAAGACCUCGAUGUUGGAUGCAGAUAUUUACUUGUCUGACGUUAGUGAAGAAGACCCCUUUCUCGAUAGCGGAAGCGAAUAUUGUCCAUCUUCUGAGGACUCUGAGAGCGAUCUGGAUGAAUUGGAACCGGAAAAUGAACAAGAAAAUCAACAGGAAGAGGUAGGAAACGUUGGAGAUAAUAUUACUCACCAAACAGUUCUGGAAAUAAUUUGGACAAAAAAUGAGUUUCUACCGAAAAUACACGAAUUUGACACGACCAAUAGCGGUGUAAAAGACCAAAACCUCGACGAAAACUCAAAGGAAGUCGACUAUUUUCUUAGUUUGUUCACAGAAAACAUAGUGGAUGUUAUUUUGGAUGAAACAAAUAAUUAUGCACGCCAACAAAAUGCAAAAAACUGGAAGCAUUUAGAACGUUCCGAAUUUUACGUUUUUCUGGCUUUGACGUUGCUUAUGCCUCGCAAUAAAAAAGUGAACUUGAAGGAAUAUUGGUCCCAAAACCACUUACUGCUUUCACCUGCAUUUAGCAAACAUAUGUCAAGGGACAGGUAUUUUCAAUUACAAAGAUAUUUGCAUUUCUCCAAUAAUGAAAUCGCUCCACCUGGUAAUAGAUUGUUCAAAGUUGAGAACGUGCUAAAUAUAAUGAAAGAAAAUUUCCAGUCUCAAUUCUAUCCAUUUCAAAAUUUGGUUAUAGAUGAGAGUAUGAUUCUUUUUAAAGGAAGACUCAGUUUUAAACAGUAUAUCAAGACCAAGAAACAUCGUUUUGGAAUUAAACUCUACGUGUUGUGUGAUUGCGAAACAGGAAUUGUCUUAGACUUUAUAAUAUAUUGUGGAAAAGACACUAAUAUAAAAGCAGAAGACAAGAAUAAUCUUGGUACUGUAGGGGCCGUUGUUGCAAAACUUUUAGAGCCAUACCUCAACAAGGGACAUUCUCUUUAUACGGAUAAUUUUUACACCAGCCCUACACUUUCAACUUUUUUGUUACAACAUAAAACAAACUCCUGUGGAACUGUAAGGCAAAAUAGGAAACAUAUGCCAGUAGGAGAUACUGACUGGAGAAGUAGUAAAAAUUUAUUGGCAAUAAAAUGGAAAGAUCGGCGGGAUGUUGUGAUGCUGACCAGUAUGCAUGAAAAUAGAAUGGUUACUUUGCCGAAAAUAAAUCGAUCUACAUAUGAAAAUGUAAUAAAGCCGUUAUGUGUUCUGGAAUACAACCGUCAAAUGGGGGCUGUCGACAGAUCAGAUAUGAUGCUGAGUAGCGUAGAUUGCACUCGAAAAUGUCUGAAAUGGUAUAAGAAGUUAUUUCUCCAUUCGAUUAACAUAACAUUGCUAAACGCACAUGCAAUGUUUUCCACAAGACAUACUAAGAAGACUUCAUUCGCCAAUUUUCAUCUAGCGGUUAUUGCUCAACUUAUAGAAAGGUAUGGCAUAGUAAAAUCUAUACAUUGCGAUUUGGGCAAUGCCAGGCUUCAGAAUAGACACUUUCCGGUGUCAGUUCCACGAAAACCAGGCAGUACUAAGGUUGGAUCCAGAAGAUGUUGGGUUUGUUCCCAUACAAAGCAGAAGCAAGCAAAAAGAAAAGAGUCCAGCUAUAUGUGCCCAGAAUGUGACGUUGGAUUAUGCGUGGUCCCUUGCUUCAAAAUAUAUCACACAGAGGCUACUUUUUAA